AUGGCCGAGCCGGAAUCUAACCUCAGCGAGCCCAUGGCACUGGAUAUGGAGCACAGGGACCCCAACAAUCUGAAUGAGCAUGUCCGGGUUCUCUUUGAAGAUGCUUUUGGGGAGCCUGAGGGGUCUCACAGCUUACCUGGAGUCUGGGGAAUGUCCUACAAGACAUUUGGCGGGGUGAAAGAUUGCUGCUACAUUGUGCUGUCGGUCCUGUGUGGCUGCCCCCUGGCCUUCUGCUGGGCCCUGGACUUUGCCUGUAUCCAUUGCUGUCACAUCUGGUGUAUCGGACCAUGUAUAAAGAUGUGGAACAUGAACUUCUCCUGCCUGAAGCUGUUCUGGAGCUCCUGCAUCCACUGCUUGUGUGACCCAUGUUGCGAGGCCUGCGGUCUGUUUCUCAGCCUCAUCCGGGUACAGAACAAAAAUGGAUAG